CGGUAUCUAAGCUCCCAAAAGACAAACUGUCUGUGUGUUGAUUGUAAUUUGUAUGGCUUUGGUAUCCCAAUAAUCCCUUCUCCACUAUCCCAUAGCUAUGGAUACCCUUCUCCUCACCUUGUCUUCCAUGGCUAAGCGACCUUGUCCUUCUCAAAACCCUACAAUCCAAAACCCUAACCUCGAUUUCGAUAUGGAUGUCGACAUGGACCACCUCCUUGAGACAAUCCUUCUUCGCCAGCACUCCCCUCCCGACUCAUCCCCGUCCUCUUCUUCCAUCGAUCUCUCCUUCGAGAGGCUCCUCGACUCCAGGACCUCCGAUUCGGAUCAGACUCAGCUCAUCGAUCGCGCCAUGGGUUUGGGAACUCUGCUCCUUGAGGCUGGUAAGCGCUCUGCCAGAAAACGCGCCUCAAAGCACAAUUCUUUUGCCUGGGCUCUCCCUCCCGACCUCACCAUCAAGGUCUUUUCCAUGCUGGAUACACAAAGCCUUUGUUAUGCAGCAGCUACUUGUUCUAUGUUUAACAAAUGUGCCACAGAUCCCUCAUGCUAUGCCAACCUUGAUCUGACAACUGAUGUCCCCAAAGUUAACAAUGCAGUAGUAUCCACAAUGAUCCACCGAGCAGGGAAAUCCCUUCAGUCUUUGAAGCUUGGUGUAGUUCAAGGUCCAAAUGUAUUGGCUGGAUCCAGUCAGCCACUAGUUUACACAAUUAGAAAUUCUGUAGAAGUAUCUAACUUUUCGUGGAACGACAAACGAUCUAGACAAGGGAAAGAGUCAUCUAUUCUAACCCGAUCUUGUUUAAGCCCUUUAGUUGGUGACAGUGGUGCUCCAGGGACCCUUUUGAGAAGGUUGCACCUUUACAACAUUGAAAGAAUGGAUAACACAUCACUUUGUGGGGCAUUGACGGCUUGCCCAUCUCUCCUUGAUUUGGAAAUCGUUGGCCUCCAUGUUGAGUUGAGGCAAACAUUGAUGUCAGUUAGUGCAAACUGUCAUCUGAUAGAGCGUUUGUUCUUUGAAUCUUCAAAAACAGGUAGAGAUGACAGUUUGAAAUCACCAACCUGCGUUGAUUUUGUGAAUAAUUGUCCUAAUCUGACUUCAUUGGCUCUUAGGGGAUUUAAGCUGCAUGAUUAUAAAGUUCGCAUACUUGUUAAGGGAUUUAGAAAACUAAAAUACGUUGACUUUUCAACAUCCUAUUCUAUAACUGGAACUUUUCUGAGGAACCUUGGAAGCAGCUUGGGGGGGAAUUUCCUAGAAUUCUUGAUUUUACGGGACUGCAUGCAUCUGAAAGAGGUUGAAGUUGUUCGGCUUUUGACUACUAUUAUCGCAGGGGAUUUCAAGUACCUCAGAACUCUUGACAUAUCUAAUAGGGAAGGUUUGGCUUCGGAGAGUGACUGGUAUGAUAGAUGUUACACCUCUAGUGUAAUCCCGAUAAAGCAGGUGUUGGAUGCAAGACCUGACAUCUGUUUGCUGGCUGAGUUUCCAUCAGAAGGAAGUUACAUUGAGAUUGAUCAAAUAUUUGAGAGUGAGCUAAAUAGUGAUAUCAGUCUGCCAUCACAACUGAGCAGUCACACUUCAGAUGGUUCAAUGUUUAUGAGUUUUUCUGAAAGCAGUUACAAUAGUGACCAUGGUAGUGGCAACGAGGAUGGUCGAGAUGCUGGUUUUGUUGUUUUUGAGGAAAGCUCAGAUGAGGUGGACUUUAUUGUUGUGUGAAAUAAGUAUCUAGGAUGGCAAGGAUUGAAAUUUGUGGAAACCAAAUGGAUAAGACAGCUUGUAGGUGCUACAGAAUUUGAAGGCUCUAUUCGACACGGCUUGAUCAAGUGUGGUUGGCAAAAUUGUCACAUAGCAGUGGUUGUGGCAUCUUAUCCUUGCCCCUGUACCACUUUGGAAGCUGUAGAAGCAUUUCAGCUUAUGGUUGAUUGAGUCUUCAUGCUUUAGCAAGAUGUCUUAGUAGUCAUUUAAAGGGCCUUUCAAAUCUUUUUCUUUGGCUUCAUUUGCAAUAUUAAUCAUAUCAUUCAGAGGUCGAUAGUUAUCUUUUUAACUCCCUUUCUUUAAAUUUGCAUCAAAAGAGCUCUUCGCGCAUUCAUUAUGGUUUGUCCAUAAGAUUUUAGCUCAGAGCCGGGCAAAACAUGUUGCAGGGAUCAUAACAUUAUUUUCCCACCAAAGAGAAAAGAAGACAAAAUAAAAGGGGACAUCACAAGUGACUACUUAUGUAUGUAAUAUGUAUAUUACUAGUUUAUUGUUUGUUUUCGUGGCUA